AUGGCGCCCAAGGCGGCCGCCCUUGUCCUGCUUCUCCUGGCGAUCUCAGGCUCCCGGGCUGAUGUGAACCCUGACGAGGUGGCCAGCGUGAUCUGGAAGUACUUCACGGAGCUGGGCAGCAAUGCCAAGGACACGGCGGAGCAGCUGCAGCAGACCGAGCUCAGCAAGCAGCUCAACACCCUGCUGAAGAGCAACCUGCAGAGCGUCAGCGCCUACGCCGAGGACCUGCAGCAGCGCCUGGAGCCCUUCGCCAUGGAGCUGCAGGCCAAGCUGGCACAGGACUCACAGCGCCUCAAGGAGCAGAUCCAGCGGGAGCUGCAGGAGCUGCAGGCCAAGCUGGCGCCCUACGCCGACCAGGUGCACCAGCAGAUCGGCACCAACAUCCGGCAGCUGCAGGCCAAGAUGGGCCCGUACGCCGAGGAGCUGCGCUCGCGGGUGGAUCAGAGCGCCGGGGAGCUGCGGCGGGCGCUGGAGCCCUACGCGGCCGAGCUGCGGGAGCGCCUGCAGGACAACGCCGAGAGCGUGCAGGCCUCGCUGAGCCCCUACGCCGAGCGCCUGCAGCAGCAGAUCGACGGCGGCGUGGAGAGCGUCAAGCAGCGGCUGUCGCCCGUGGCGGACGAGCUGAAGGCGCAGGUGGAGCAGAGCGUGGCCGAGCUGCGGCGCGGGCUCAGCCCCUACGCGCAGGAGGUGCGGGACGGGCUGGAGCGGCAGCUGCAGAGCCUGAGCGCGCAGAUGGAGCGGGCGGCCGAGGAGCUGCGGGCCCGCCUGGCCGCCAGCUCCGAGGAGCUGCGCGCCCAGCUGAGCCCGCUGGCCCGGGAGCUGCGGGAGGCGGCGAGCGGCGACGCCGAGAGCCUGCGGCAGCGCCUGCAGCCCCUGGCGCAGCAGCUGGAGCAGCGCCUGGGCCAGAGCCUGGAGACCUUCCGGCAGCAGGCGGCUCCCUUCGGAGAGACCUUCGGGCAGCAGCUGGUGCAGCGGCUGGAGGAGAUGCGCGGCAAGCUGGACUCGGGCGCGGCCGGCGUGGAGGAUCACCUGGAGCUGCUGGAGAAGGAGGUGCGGGACAAGGUGGCCGCUUUCCUCAGCACCGCCGCGCCCCCGCAGAACUGA